AUGAGAAUUACCCGACCAUGGACACAAAACUUCAUCUCCGGCGUUGUCCUUCUUCUGACGGUGGGGAUCUACUUGGCCGUUAUCGGACUUGGAGCUGGUGGAGGAAAGGCUUCCUCUGCUCAGGUAUCCACAGCGACUUACACGACUUUGUACGCUGUUUUCGCUUUGUCUGGAUUUUUUGGUGGGAGUAUCAUGAAUACAAUUGGCCCGAAAUGGACCAUGACAAUUGGAGCCUUUGGCUACCCAUUUUACGUAUCAGGUCUCUGGUAUUAUGAUGCAAGAGGCCAGGAAUGGUACCCAUUACUUGGUGGUGUCGUCAUUGGUCUUUGUGCAGGGCUCCUGUGGACUGUCUCGGGCUUCAUACAAUUUGCCUACGCUGAGGAAAAAGAUAAAGGAACAUAUAUUGCAUGGCAACUGUUUCUUCUCAAUCUGGGCUGCACAAUCGGCUCAUCUGUCGCGUUCGGCAUCAAUUUCCAUGAUACCUCUCUCAAUGGUGUUCCGAUUUCUGUUUACUUGAUUUUUAUCAUAAUCAUGACUUCCGCUGUCGCUUUGGCCUUCUUCGCAAUCGUCCCACCAGAAGAUGUUCGACGUGAUGAUGGCACUCAUCUAGCUGUAUUUACUGCCCCUGACUUUCGUACAGAGGUUCUAGGCUGUUUUGAACUUCUCAAAGAUUGGAGAAUCGUUAGCCUUAUAAUUCCAAUGGCAGCGACCGAAAUGUCUCAGUCUCUGAUUCCCACCCUGAGUGCGUAUUCGUUCAACUUACGAACACGGUCACUUAACAGUGUGAUAUAUUGGCUGGUCCAGAUUCCUGCGACUUUUGUUUAUAGUACUAUUCUCGACAACACGCGGUUCCAGCGACGAGUGCGCGGCUUGAUGGCUUUGACGGUUGGCGCCAUCAUCGUUAUUGCGAACUGGGCGCUUGUCCUGGGUCUACAGAUCAAACACAACCUCAACCGACAUCAGCCCAGCCCGGAAUGGGACUGGUCAGAUCCUGUCUACGGAGAGUUUGUCAUUAUGAUCUUACUGGCUGGAAUCUCCCUAGCAAUUGAUCAAAUGGCGGUUAUGUGGAUUCUUGGCGCGUUUAGUAACGAGCCCCGGCUUUUGGCUCGAUAUGGAGGCUUCUUCAAGGCAAUGCUCAGUGCAGGUCUCUGCGUCGCCUUUGGACUCGAGGCUGGUUCUGUCUCUUAUCUGUAA